AUGCCUGUUUUCCCUAGCGCAGAUCCUCGCCCAGUCACAAAGGAGGAACCCCUCGGAAGCUGGCCGCUGAUCCUCCUCUUCACGACGUGCACCUCGUGUGUGCUCUUCUUGCUCUACCGUCGCGCGUCGCAGAUCCGGACCGUCGUCUCCCACCAGUAUGUCUUCCUGUUCAAUCAUGACACCGGUCGCAUUCGACUCUCAGUCGACGACGGCCCGUCCGCGCGCGAGUUCCUCGACGACGAUUACGACGACGACAACGAGCGGCUCGCUGACACCGAUCCUGGGCUUGCCGCAGCUGCGGCCGCACAGCGCGCGCGAAACGCCGGCCCCGCUGCUCUCCCCGCCGCCCCAGAAACGGAUACGGAAGUACUGUUCACAGCGGAGGCAGACGAGGCCCCGCCACCACCACCGGCCAAGUGA